AUGCCCCUGAACGAAAUAGCUUCUUCCUUAGUAGAACUCACACGGAGAUGCGUCUCGAUCACGGCACUAAAACGGGCGCGUCGGCUCCACGCUCUCGUCCUCACCGUAGGCGCAGCUUCCGAUUCACCGUACGCAAACAAUAACCUCAUCUCGAUGUACGUGAGGUGCGGCUCCUUAGAACAAGCUCGCAAAGUGUUCGACAAAAUGCCUGAGAGAAACGUAGUGUCUUACAAUGCACUUUAUUCGGCGUAUUCCCGGAGCUCAGAUUGUGCAGGUUACGCGUUUCGUCUGAUUACCCAUAUGGAAUCUGAGUUCUUGAAGCCCAAUAGCUCGACUUUCACUAGCUUAGUGCAAGUAUGUGCUGUGCUUGAGGAUAUUUUAAUGGGAUCAUUAUUACAUUCGAAGAUUAUAAAGCUUGGUUUUUUAGAUGAUGUGGUUGUUCAGACAUCGGUUUUGGGGAUGUACUCGAGUUGCGGGGACUUAGAAUCUGCGAGGGGGAUCUUUGAGUGUGUUAAUGAUGGAGAUGCCGUGGCUUGGAACACAAUGAUAGUUGGGAGCUUGAGAAACGAUAAGAUAGAAGAAGGGCUUAUGCUCUUUAGAAGCAUGUUGAUGUCUGGUGUUGAUCCAACGCAGUUCACCUAUUCCAUGGUGCUGAAUGCUUGUAGUAAACUGGGAAGCUAUUCACUGGGGAAACUAAUCCAUGCCCGGAUAAUAGUUUCGGAUAGUUUAGCUGAUUUACCUGUAGAAAAUGCUCUUCUUGACAUGUAUUGCAGUUGUGGAGACAUGAAAGAAGCACUCUAUGUGUUUGGGAGGAUUUAUAAGCCAGAUUUGGUUUCCUGGAACUCGAUUAUUUCGGGGUGCUCAGAAAACGGCUUUGGAGAGCAGGCGAUUCUUAUGUAUAGAAGAUUACAGAGGAGGUCCACACCUCGGCCAGAUGAGUUUACUCUCUCUGCUGCUAUAUCUGCCACUGCGGAACCAGAAAGAUCUAUUCAUGGGAAGCUUCUCCAUGGACAAGUGACGAAACUAGGAUAUGAAAGGAGUGUUUUUGUUGGAACAACACUCUUGUCCAUGUACUUCAAGAACGGGGAAGCUGAAUCUGCGCAGAAGGUUUUUGAUGUGAUCACAGAAAGAGAUAUUGUUCUUUGGACUGGGAUGAUAGUAGGGCAAUUCAGAUUAGGAAACAGCGAGUGUGCGGUCCAACUCUUUGCUGAAAUGUACCAAGAAAAAAAUAAAACUGAUGGUUUUUCCCUGAGCAGUGUCUUAGGAGCAUGUUCAGACAUGGCGAUGCUAAGACAAGGUGAAGUGUUCCAUUCUCUUGCUAUAAAGACUGGAUUUGAUAACGUUAUGUCGGUAUGUGGAGCUCUAGUGGACAUGUACAGCAAAAAUGGAAAAUACAAUGCUGCAGAAUCAGUAUUCUCUCUUGUUCCAAAUCCAGAUUUGAAAUGUUGGAACUCAAUGCUAGGAGCUUACAGUCAGCAUGGAAUGGUAGAAAAGGCAAUGAGUUUCUUCGAACAUAUCCUAGAAAACGGUCUCACACCGGAUGCAGUAACAUACUUAUCUUUAUUAGUAGCCUGCAGCCACAGCGGAUCGACGCAGCAAGGUAAAUUUCUCUGGAACCAAAUGAAGGAAAGGGGGAUCAAAGCAGGGUUUAAGCACUACUCUUGCAUGGUGAGUUUGGUAUCAAAAUCUGGGUUACUAGAGGAAGCACUGGAACUGAUAGGGGAAUCUCCUCCCGGGACCAACCGCGCAGAGCUCUGGAGAACUCUGUUAAACGCUUGCGUUAACACAAGAAACUUGCAUAUGGGACUAUACGCAGCUGAGCAGAUCCUAAAACUUGAUCAAGAAGACACUGCAACAUACAUUCUACUAUCGAAUCUUUAUGCGGUGAAUGGAAGAUGGGACGAUGUUGCAGAGAUGAGAAAGAAGAUAAGAGGAUUAGCUUCUGCUAAAGAUCCAGGUUUGAGCUGGAUUGAAGUGAACAACAACAAUACAAAAGUUUUCUCCUCUGGAGACCAGUCUAACCCAGAAGUAAAUCAAGCUCAAGAUGAAUUACAUAGGUUAAAGAGUAAUAUGUUGUGUAGAUCAUCAUCCAAUGAACAAGAUCCAUUCUUUUCAAGACUUGUCUAUUCAGACUAA